CGACGACGGGGAAAGACACCGAUACAAUGGCUGGACCAUCAUAUUCCUCUUCACACUCUACCACUGCCAAUUCGCAAGGCUCCACCUUCCGCAAGCCUGUGCCGCCCACCUAUGAACAGAUCCUCGCUCUCCUUAACGAUGCACGCUCUGAGCUGGAGACCACCUACGCGCACGUUACCUCCGUACCCAACCAGGACACUACAACCCCGAAGUCCUCUCAGAGCCUCACGAAUGUCCUCCUUCGCAAUCUUCGCGAUAGCCAGGACGACUGCAAUUUACGUGCGCUGUCUCCCCAGGACAUCCUUGACACGCGCAUCGAGCGCGAGCGGGAUCUUAUAGAUUUCUGGAAUCAGUCUAGCCGGAUCGCGGAGGGUAAAGAUGCAGUGAACGAGGACAUUGAGAACUUCCCUCUGCAGGCGGCUGCACUGGACGCAGGCAUCGUGUAUCGGCCGCCUCAAUUCCUGGGCGUGCCUAAGAUGGCCGAGGAGCAAGCACCAUCCCGGGGUCGGGGCAAUGUCAUUUCCAACCCGAAAAUGAAUGCCUCUGUACAGCUCCCGCAUCCGCUCUCUGCAUAUCCACUCUCUGGCGCUGGCCUCGCUGCCCAACUUCGAGGCGUGACCCAGUGUAGCACCCCAUCACGUGGGACCUUCGAGCAGUCACUUUUUCAGCAUUCGCCAUUUUCGCCGUACAAUCUCUCUGAGGUACCUGCAACGGAGGUAGUGCCAUCGGUCGACGAGCGCGAACUCGCCCGCUACAACGCUCGGACGUCUGCUGAACCUCGAGAGAAAGUCCAGCAGAAGCGUCACAAUUGGUACGAGAAGUCUUCCGAUAAUUCCGGCUGGAAUAAAUAUGUUCAUGUUCUGUCUGUUCCGCCGACCCGGGUUCAACAGACUGGACACGCUGUCGAUUCCCCGAUGCUACGCUCGCCGAUGACACCAGGUGUAUUUUCUGCGGACGGAAAUGAAGACUACACGAGUGGCUAUGUCAAUUCGUCUAUCCAGUGGUCCCCGGAAAACUUCUCGCCUGUUACUGGUGGAGACCAGAACUCUUCGCCCGUGCAGCAAGCUCAGGGGCAAGACCAAUUCCAAUCCGGGUAUCUUCCGUCUCCGCGCACACCGUAUCAGGUGCAGCAGCAGAUGAUCUCAGUGCCACAGAAGCGUAAAAAGACGGCUUCUGCGACACAAGACUAUCCAGCUGUCUCCCAGCCUGAAACCCCGAAGAAGCUUAAGGGGGCGCAACCUCUUGUCAAGUCGGGUGUAGUGGGCAAGCAACUGAACGACUUCCCCUCCCCCAACAUUCCUUUCCCAGCCGUCGUUCAAGGCCGUCCAUUGGAUGUCACGAUUGUGGAAUUGUUGACUUUCUUCCCUCGGUACAUCUUCAGCAGCGAGGUGGUCGAACGCAUCGUCAGCAAUGGCGGCUCCCAGAAUCUCAUUGCGAAGAUCAUGAACGCAAAUCUCCGCCUCCCAGCUCCGAUGGAAGACAACUUCCUGUUGCACGUUCUGCAGGCUCGGAUGCGCCACAAGGGUGACCGGACUGCCAACGGCGGGUACGACUACACGAAGUGGACCGUCGGUAGGCACCAGCCUCUGGCGAACCAUGAUCCUGACAAGCUGGACAUCGCUGGUCUUCGAACUCGGUUCGACAUUGAGAAUUUCCCAUCGUUCCGGGAUGCAAACUCGAUUCCGUUCAAGAAGCUGGCCGAGCGUGUGAAGGCGUGGCCCUCCGGGCGGGAUGCGUUGAACUUGACGCACUGCGUCCGCUAUGCUUCCCUGCACCCCGAAGAGAAUUGGAACUACCCGGCUGACUUCCGGGACAUGAUCACUUAUUUGACCAACGGUCUUGCCGGUGUUGUGACUUUCCCGGUCCCAGUCACUGACCAGCACCUGGAUCGGGCAGCCUGGGAGCGUUGGAGGAACACCUAA